UUCUCGAAAAAAGAAAAUGGUUUAUGGAAUGGAAAUUCCAAUAAGUAAUAAUGAUGUUACAAAAUGUUCAAUAGAUACAAUUUUCGGUAUUAUGGAUUUUCCUUUUUAUGAAAAUAUCUCUUCUGAUUCAAUUUUCGCAACGACAAGUAUCAUAGCAUAUGAUAACAUGGAACGUAAUAGUAAUCAAACGAAUAAUUUUCAUAAUUCGGAUUAUUUAGAAUGGUCGAAUGAUUUAAAAUUAAGCACAACUCAAAUCAAUCAUAAAACAUUUUUGGAUCCAUCCGAUCAGAGUAAUUUAAAAUUUAAUAAUAAUAAUAUUAAUCAAUUAGAUAAUGAGAAUAUCGAUAGUACGAAUAUUAUAGAAAAUUCUAGUAAUAGUAAUAAUACAAAUGAUAAAUAUAAUACAUCGGAUGUAAGUAAUGAUGCAAAUGACACAAAAGUCCGAAUGAAAAUUACCCGAAAACGUAAAGCGAAUAAUAGUAAUAAUGUACAUGGAGGAGAUAAUAUUGUACAAAGGAAAAUGCAAUUUUUUAAUCAUAAUAACAAUGAUCAGCCAUGUGAUUUGAAUGAUGAUGAUUCGGUUGUGGAUCCAUUGGCAACAGAUGAACCGAUUUCUAAGAGUAGUAACACAAAAAGCACCGAUCAUCCAAAACCAUCAGAGGGAAAUAAUACUUCACGAUUAUCAUGGCAAGUAAACGAUAUCACAGAAAAUUUAACAGCAGAUCUCGAUGGUUCAUUGUCAGAUCUUGGUGCCGAUUUAACCAAUGGUUCUUACAAUAUGAGCGAUACAUUGCUACAAUUACCUCCGUUGCCAGUAUUUAAACAAGAAGCACCUUCACCACCAAAUAACAAUAGUGAUUCAGUUCAACAAAACAACAAUAUAAAUAAUUUAUCAGGAAAUAAUGGUCACAUUCAACAUAUUCAACAGCAACAAUCAUCUCAACAACAAUCCCAACAACAACAACAACAGAGUCCUACAUCAUCAUCAAAUAAUGUAAAUCAAGGCUCUUCUGGUGGUCGAAUUGAUUCAAACAAUAAUCAAAAUAAUGUGAACACAUCUUUACAUCAUUUACUUCAUAAUUAUUCUGGCAAUAUUAUUACAAAUUCAAUACCAUCAAACAAUUUGAAUCAAACGAAUCAUGAUUCAUAUGCGCGUAGUGCUGUUUCAUCGACUGAUUAUGCCGAAAAUAAUGGUUUCCAAUAUGUGCUGGCAGCUGCGACAAGUAUCGCAACAAAAAUUAAUGAAGAUACACUUACCUAUUUAAAUCAAGGGCAAAGUUAUGAGAUCAAAUUGAAGAAAUUAGGUGAUUUAUCCAGUUUUAAAGGAAAAACAUUGAAGAGUGUUAUUGGAAUAUGCUUUCACGAACGCCGUAUGCAAUAUGGAGGCCGCGAACGUCUAAGUCAAUGGCAGAGUGGACGUCCUGGUGAUCGUGUCUUAGAAGUAGAUGUUCCAUUAUCAUAUGGUCUUACAGGUUUACAACAGCCUUCAUUAAAUACAGUUGCAUUUAACUGGGAUCCGACAACACCUGUUGGAGUUUAUAUUAAGGUUAACUGUAUUAGUACAGAAUUUACAGAGAAAAAACACGGAGGUGAACGUGGUAUACCGUUAAGAAUUCAAGUUGAAACUUACGAUUCAAGUAAAUCGGGACAAAUACCAGGAUUGGGUAAACGUUUACAUGCUGGAGCGUGUCAAAUAAAAGUGUUUAAACUAAAAGGAGCUGAUCGUAAACAUAAACAAGAUAGAGAAAAAAUCAUGAAGCGGCCACUAUCAGAACAGGAGAAAUAUCAGCCAAGCUAUGAUUGUACUGUUUUAAAUGAUAUAUCUUAUGAUGAUAUUAUACCUUCAUUAAAUGAAGAGCCGUUUAGCCCACCACAACCAGCAAUAUCUACAACAAGUGGUCAACGUCCUAAUUACUUGACAAAUGGUUUAAUGCCACAAUCUUACGUUAAAGAUGAAGAACCUGCAAUAACUACAGCUACAAAUUUAUCAAUAUCUCCAUCGUGUACGAAUGGAGUUGGAAUACAUUCAGAUAAUAAACAACAAACAUCAAAUAACCGUCAACUAUUCAAUACAAAUUUGUUAACGUCAUCAUCUGCUGAAGAAACAAACUCGUGGUUAAUCACUAAUCGUUUCAAUACAUACGUAAAUACAUUUGCAAAUUUUUCUGGUGCAGAUAUUUUACGUUUGUCGCGUGAUGAUUUGAUACAAAUUUGUGGAUUGGCUGAUGGAAUUCGUCUAUACAACGCAUUACAUGCCAAGACCAUCGCACCCAAAUUAAUAUUGUACGUGUGCACCGAUCGAUCAAAUGUAUUCCAUGCCAUAUAUUUAACAACAUACACAAAUAAUGAAUUAGGUGAGAAACUAUCAUCAUUAAUUCAAGCGUCAACCGAUCAAAUUCAAGGAUAUUUCGUACAAGGACCAAACGGAAUUCACAUUCAUAUCAAUGAUGAAGUGAUACGUCACUUUAAAAAUGAAGCUAUGUACACGGUGGAAAUAAUCGCUAACAUGAAUAUGAAUACUUGUAGAAUCCUCCUGAAACCGUUAAAUCCGUAAAAUAAUAAUUAUAUUGUAUUUUUGUUUUUUCUCAAUGUUUAUUAAGUUUAAUGUUUCUCUCUAUUUAAACAAAGAAUGCAUGGUGUGUUCUUACUUUAGAUAGUAAAUAGAAUUUUGUUUGCAAACUAAAAAAAAAAUAGAGAUUCAUGAGUUGAAACUUUUGUGUCGAUUUUUUUCUUUAAGAAAUAAUACUCAAAUAUUUUUUGAAGAUUGCUGAGUAUAUACUUUGAUUUAUUGAAAAUAAGAUCAAAUGAGGCACUAAUAGAGAAUCUUACGCAAAGAUACGUUCCGAUUGUAAUACAAGUUUAAAGGAAAUGCGAGUACGAUUGUAAACAAAACACCAUCAAAUGUGUUUAGUAGGUUAUUUUAGUAAGCCAAAUUUUGUACAUUAGUGCCUUUAGUGGGAGAAAUUAGCUGUAAGCUUUCGUAUUUAAAAGCAAUUUACAAUUUUGUAAUGAUAAAAAUAGUACUUCCAAAUUUUAAACAUCUCUGAUUUUGUUAUCAUAAUAAGCAGGAAGUAGUUUCGCGAAAAAGAAAGUUUACGACGUCAAAGAAGUAAAUUACAAUGAAGUAUGGAUAAUUUAAAUGUUUAAUUAAAGUAAUUCACAUUUUUAGGGUAGAUUUUUGUGAGUAAAGGAAUAUAUCUGUUAAAAACGUGGCGAUCAAAUAAUUUUAUGCACAAUUAUACACGUAUAGCACUCUGUGGUUACUAUGUUAGCACAUAUCUUCACGUCCCCGCCCGGACGCCACGUGUAAAAUAUAAAACUUUAAUAUCUCACGUUAAAAUCCUAAAAUAAAAUAAAAUACUUGUUUUUGAUAUUUAUUUUAAAGGUAUGUGUUGAUAUAAUUACCACAAAGUAUAAAAGCUAUGCAUAAAAUUAGUAGAUUGCCAAUUUCGAUGUAAGCUUAUUGUUCGUGCCUUUCAAAUGUGAUAAUUAUAAUCGUGAAUUAUGAUUAUAAAAGUCUUUUUUAACGCCGACAUUUGAAUAAAGUAAUGCUUAUUGAAGGACUCAAUUACAGAAAGGGUAUAUCAAAGAAAUUUAUAUACAUUUCGAAAGAAAUUAGGCAGUAUUUUUUGUUU